UCAUUGCAAAGAAGUAUCUCAAUUGGAAUCAUAUUCAGAGUGCUACGACUUUGGAAGAUACUUCUACGAAUAGUGUGUAUUUUGUUUUGGUUUUUGAUACUUUGAAUUACAGCGGAAAGUUUGAAUUGCUAGACGAGAACCAUAAAGAAUAUAUCAAACAUGGCAACACCAAUCCAUAAUCUUCGUCAGCCUUUGACUGAUCAAGAAAAACAUUUCUAUGAUUCCAUUUUUAAAUCAUUGGACACUGAAAGCUUGGGAAUUGUUACAGGUGAAACCGCCAGAUCUACAUUUGAAAAAUCUGGUCUACCUCCAGCUAUACUAGGUGAAAUUUGGCAAAUAGCAGAUCCAACAAAUUUGGGGUUCUUAAGUCAAUUCGCCUUUUCUGUUGCCCUCAGAUUGAUUGGACAUGUUCAAAAUGGUGCAAAACCUGAUAAAUCAUUGAUUGACUAUGCUGGUCCUGUUGCCAAAUUCCAAGGUGUUUCUGGUCCAAAUGUUGCUCCUGUUCCAGCUUUGGCUCAUUCAUCAACGGGAAGCAUAUCAUCUCCUCAACAGCUUCAACCUCAAUUAACCUCAUUGCCACCUUUAACAAAUCAUGACAUUUCAAAGUUCAGUCAGUUAUUUGCUAAAAGUGCACCAACAGGUAUCAUUUCUGGUGAUCAAGCUAGAAAUAUUUUCUUGAAGGCAAAAUUACCAACUAAUGUCUUGAGUGAAAUUUGGGCAUUAGCUGAUAAGAACAAUAGAGGUCAAUUGGAUAGAGAUGAAUUCGUUGUGGCCAUGUUUUUAAUUCAGGGAACAAUCAAUGGAACCAUCAGACAAUUACCACCAUCUGUUCCUCAACAUACUUGGGAUCAAUUGAAAAACUUCCAGUCACCAAUUACUACAGGAGGAUCAAGUACCGCAGGUGUCCCUGCAUCAUCAUUUAGUCCACAAGUCACAGCUUCUAGACCAAAUAUAUCUCGUGUUCCAUCUAGUUUUGCCAAUGCUUCAAACGAUUGGACAAUCUCUCCUCAAAAGAGAGCUCAAUUCGAUAGUAUUUUUGAAGGUUUGGAUAAAGAAUCAAGAGGUGUUCUAGGACCUAAUGAAAUUGCUCCAUUUUUAACAACUUCAAAAUUAUCACAGGAUGUCUUAGCAAAUAUAUGGGAUCUAUCGGACAUUCACAACACUGGUGAAUUUACCAAAACUGAAUUUGCUAUUGCUAUGUUUUUGGUUCAAAAGAAAAUUGCAGGCUCCGAGCUACCUCAUGUUAUUCCAGACUCUUUAUUGCCAAACUAUUAUCAAGGUGCAUCUACAUCUCCUACUGAACAAUAUAAACAACAAUCUGUUCCACAACCUGGUGCAAAUCAAUCGCAUUCACAAGAUCAUGCAAUUCCCCAAAUCCCAUCAAGAGACACCAAACCAAAAUCUUCUCUUACUGAUCUUGUUGACCUGAAUGAUGCUUUUUCAACACCAAGCCCAACAAUUGCGGAAGCUAAGUUACCUGAAAAAGAUGCAUCAAGAACAGCUUCAAACUCAACUGUUAAAUAUACCCCAGCUGGUGGUGCUCCAAGACCUUUUGUUCCAUCAUCAACCUUUGGUCAAGAAAUUUUUGAAAAGCAAAAAGCAGAAGCUCCAAAAGAAGUUGCACAACCUCCAGCUCCUGGUCCAGUUCAAGCCAAAUCACCUGAAGCUCCAGUGCAAUUGAAAGAAUCACCUGUUGAAUCAAAAUUUGCACCUCAAUUCACUGGGUCAACUCAACAAUCAAGCUCAGGCCAAGUACCAACAUUAAGUACUGGAAAUAGAGCUCCAUCAUUCCAGACCACACCUAGUUUUUCACAACAACCUACAGGUUCAUUGAAUAGAAGCUUACCACGUAAUGAUGAUUUGUUAGCAGAUUCUAAUCCAGAAAUUUCUGGUCAACUGUCACAGGCUACUGCCGACAUGGCUAAUUUAUCAAACCAAAUUGGUUCAUUAACUAACCAAACUUCUCAACUUCAUGAAAAACGUGGAAGAGCUGAAAAGGAGUUGGCUAAAAUCACUACUUUGAAAAAGGAUAUUGAAGCUAAAUUGUCAAAACUUAGAGUUGCUUAUGAACAAGAAGUUCAGCAAACCCAACAAGUCGAAACAUCAUUGAAAGCUUCUAAAGAAGAAACUGAGCAGUUAAGAAAAGAAGCUUCAGUUGCAGAGGCUCAAUAUAACUCUGUGCAAACUCAAUUACAAUCUUUACAAUCUGAACUUGAGGAAUCCCAAAAGGAAAAUGCUUCAUUGAAAGAACGUUUAGGAACCUUGAACGCUGAACACAUUGAAGUCCAAAAACAAUUGGAAAAAGUUCAAGGUGAUGUUAGACAAAGUAAAGGAUUAGCUGCCAUCAAUUCAAAGCAGUUGAGUACCACUGAAGUCUCAUCAAAUGGUAUAAAAGCUGAAAUUGCUGCUUUAUUGGCUUCUAUUGCUGAAUUGGAUUCUCAUCACGAAGGUUACACUAAGAAACAAGCCGAGUUGGAGUCUUUGAAGAAGGAAAUUGAUACCAACGAACAAUCAUUAGCUCAACGCAGACAAGCCCACGAGCAAAGUGAGGUUGAUUUCAAGGCAAAGGAUGAAGAAUUACAAUCCAGACUUCAAGAACAACAACAAAGAGAAGCACAAAUUCAACAACAUGAAGCUCAUAUCCAACAAUUAUUUGCCAAUCUACAAGAAAGACAAAGACAAUUGGAAAAUGCUGAAAAUCAAUUACAAGAACAACAAGUUCAAUAUGCUCAAAGGGUCCAAGAAUUCUCGAAUAGACAAAUCGAAGAAGCUUCAAACGGUUACAAUUUAAGCUCUGCAUCAAGAGAAAUUGAACCUAGUGCUACACCAGCAGUUCCUCCAACUACUUCAAAAGAAGCUGUAAUUCCAAGUGAUUUGGAAUCAUCAACAUCUGCAACUCGUGAUCUUGACACUGCAUCGUCUUCAAAAGAUUCAAACACUUCAAAAGGUUUAUUAGGUGCUGCUGUUGGUGCUGUUGCUGGUGCUAUUGGUGGUACUGCUCUUGCUGCUAGAAGUGCAACCACUGAAAGUGAAAGAGAUAACACUGAAUUUAGCUCUCCAGUCGCUGAAACCACUGAACAAACUACCUCAGUUAAUUCUGAUGACUACCAAUACGAAGCUGGUCGUGAUGUCAACCAAUUCAACUUACCAAUCGAAAGACCAGAGUCAGCUACAUCAUCUGUUCAAAAUAAUGCUCCACAAUCUGUUCGUGGUGAUGAUAUUGAAGAAAAUCCAACUAUUGAUAGUGUCGUUGAAACUCCAGCUUUAGCUUCUGAUGUUUUGUCUAAAGACUAUAAUGCUGGUGAAAGACAUCAAGACGCUGUCGAAGCCACAACAGAAUCUCCAGAUGUUGGUUCAUUUGAAAUCGUUGAUGAGAAAUCCGAAAGUGAUUUAACUUUGAGACCUGGUACUGGUCCAGAACAAAGUGCUGAUGCUAUUGAGUCAUCAAUCCCAGGUGCUUGGAACGUUGAUUCUGCUGAAGCUCAACAAGAAAAUGCUGAAGCUAAGGAUCCUGAACCAGCGCCAUCAGUUGUUGAUCCACAAUUGAGAGAUGCUAGUGCAAGCACAAAAGCUAUUCAUGAAGAUGCCAUUGCAGCAGCAGCUGCUGCUACAGGUGCUACUGAUGAUGAAGUUACAGCUGCUAAAACAGAUGCUCCAGUAAGAUCAGCAUCUAGUAUUGGUGAAGAAUUCCCACCUAUCAAAGAGCUAAACAUUAAUGAAAGUGAAAGUGAUGACGAAGAGUUCCAUGAAACUUCUGAAAACCUGCCCGAUCAAACCAAAAGUCCGUCAAAACAUACUGGUGGUGCUAUUGGAGCUGGGGUUGGUGCCACUGCUGGUAUUGCUGGUGCAAGUGCACUUGGAGCUGGCAAUAAAGACUUCAACUUUGAAACUCCAUUUGCCCCAAGUAAAACUCCAGAGAAACGAGUUGAUGAGUUGUUCCAAGAUGAUUUUGAAGGGUUGGAAGCUGCUAAAGAAGAUACAUUGAAUGAUGAUGAUGAGUUUAAUCAAACUAGAGAUUUUAAUGAACAAUUAGAUGGCUCAAACUUUUACGGUGCAGAUAAUUUUAGUGGUCAACAAUCUCAGCAAUUUUCAGAUCCAGCUCACGGUCAAGAUAGUAAUGGAGAAUGGGAACAAAUCUUUGCUGGUUUUGGUAAUGAAGGUCAAGCUCAACAACCUCAAGAAGCCGUUUCUCAACCACCAGCUGCUUCAUCACAUCCAUACGCACAAAAUGCUUUUGGAUCACAGUCAUCACAGCAAAAAGUUAUCCAACCUGAACCAACUCAUCCUGGUAGAGUUGCUUCAUCAUCUUCAAGUCAUAAGCAUGGUCGUAUAGCUACGACUCCACGUUCCUUAGCUGUGCAAGAGUUGACUGGUAUGGGGUUCUCUAAAGAAGAAGCAUUAGCAGCAUUGACUAAAGAGAAAUGGAAUUUGGAAGCUGCUACCAAUCACUUGCUUGAUAAUGCUUGAUUAAUUUGUUAUUCAUUUUUGCUUUUUCUUACUUUUGUUUCGUGCCUUAGUGAUUUGCUUGACUUUUGUACUGUGUUGUAUUUUUUAAAAAAGAAUGGAGAAACUCC